AUGUCCUGCCGAUCUUGCUGUAAUCCAUGCUGCUCCCCCCCACCUUGCCCCCCACCCACUAUUUUAUGCAGGCCACCUUGCCCACCCCGUUGCCCACCUCAGCCAACUAAAACAACAGUUUACCUACGGCCUUGUACCCCUUGUCCACCUUGUUGCGCCAUUCCUUGUCCACCAAAGGUUAUCGUUGCGUGUACACCACCACCGCCACCCUGUCCACCGCCCUGUCCAACUGUGGCGUUCGUUUGCACCAAGAAAAUGGUCCCCUGUAUGCCCUGUCCACCGCCUACUCCGCCGCCUUGCUCCCCUUGUCGUGCAGUUUGCCGAAAAUAUCAGGUACGGAGAGCUAUAAUUUUCAAAGAAAAUUUGCGAGUUAAGAUAAAAAUACAGGAUACAUGGAACUGUUUCAACGUUGAAGAAAUCCUGAUCAGGUAA